UGCGGCUAGGAGAGAGAGAGAAAGAAUAUUCGCUUGUCUAGGUGCGUGGGUUCACCAAUUUCAGUGAAAACAAGACAGGACUUGGAUGUGUUACGGUGUAAAAGAGAUAGCUGCUUUGGAAAACCACAGAGACGUUCAGCUCUACAGCGGCUUCACUCGAGCAGGGUGCAGUACCAUCAUUCACCGCUGGGUGUCGUGACGCAGUGAGCGCAUAUCGCCGUGGAUUCACCAGUCAGCAAGUCCCCUUCGACGACCAGCAUGAACCCGCUGACGGAAGGAGGCUACGCCGCCGACCUGGAGGCGAACCAGGCCAAAAGGAGAGAUGGGUUUCGACUUCCGAUUGUGAAAUUCCGGAGGAGGAAGGAAGACGAUGAGAAUAUGCCGGGGAAGGGAGAAUACGAGAACUUAGACGAGGUGUCUUCUCACGGAGAAGUCACCAUAGACACGAGGAACGGCGACUUACGUCUUCAGCAACUGGAGAAAGACACUUCGGAAGACACCUUUACAGUGGAGGAUGCAGUGGAAGCGAUUGGUUUUGGAAGGUUCCAGAUCAAACUGUCUGUCCUCACGGGAUUGUCAUGGAUGGCAGAUGCGAUGGAGAUGAUGAUCCUCAGCAUCCUGUCUCCACAGCUCCUGUGUGAGUGGCAGCUCAGUAGCUGGCAGGAGGCCUUCAUCACCACGAUUGUGUUUAUAGGUAUGAUGGUGAGUUCGUCUAUGUGGGGGAACAUCUGUGACAGAUAUGGCCGCAGACUAGGUUUAUUCUUGUGUGCCGUGUGGAUAUUCUUCUACGGUAUCCUGAGUGCUUUCUCACCUACUUACAUCUGGAUAGUGCUGCUACGGGGGAUCGUUGGCUUUGGCAUCGGAGGAGUGCCGCAGUCAGUUACGUUGUAUGCUGAAUUCUUACCACGGAAACAGAGGGCACAAUGUGUGGUCUUCCUGGAGAUCUUCUGGGCCAUCGGGACAUGUAUAGAGGUUGUUCUGGCUCUGAUAGUCAUGCCCACACUGGGCUGGAGAUGGCUCCUCCUCUUCUCUGCAAUACCCUGUCUAAUAUUUGCUGUUAGCUGCAAGUGGUUACCAGAAAGUGCGCGGUACCAUGUGGCGUGUGGGGAGUCUGAGAAGGCACACAACACGCUGAAGAAGAUCGCACUGGAGAACAACUCCCCUAUGCCCCUGGGGAAACAUGUUUUGCGUUUACAGGACAAAAGGGGACAGUUUAAGGAUUUGUUUACUCCUGAACUCAGACUCACAACUGUACUACUGUGGUUUAUAUGGUUCUCUAAUGCCUUCUCCUACUAUGGGAUAGUCUUGAUGACAACUGAGUUGUUCCAGGCUGAAGACUCAGAAAGUGCAAGUUUCUGCAGUGCGAACCAAAAAGACCAUGCAUUGUUUAAGUGUUAUGCGGGCUGCAAGUAUCUAAAUAGGAAAGACUACACAGACUUGCUGUGGACUACAGUAGCAGAGUUUCCAGGACUAUUAGUAACCAUGCUGAUUAUAGAGUGGUUAGGAAGGAAGCGUACCAUGGCCCUGGAGUUUGUCGUCUUUGCCUUCUUCACAUUCCUACUCCUGACUUGUGGUGGAAGAACAUGGUUGACCAUCUUUAUCUUCAUUGGGAGAGCCUUUAUUUCUGGAGCAUUCCAGGCUGCUUACGUCUACACACCAGAGAUCUACCCCACAACAACAAGAGCCCUGGGGCUGGGGACGUGCAGUGGAGUGGCCCGCCUGGGAGCACUGAUCACCCCUUUUGUUGCACAGGUGAUGUUGAAAUCUUCCAUCUACCUGACUGUGUCUGUGUACGGCACCAUUUGUGUUCUGGCUGCCAUUGCCUGUUUGCUGCUUCCCAUAGAGACCAAGGGGCGGAGCAUGCAAGAGACUGGGCAGCCUAGUACACAGUCACAAACUCGGUGAAACUGGCCAGUGGAUAGACCUACAGAUGAAACAUACACAUUCUGGAGCUGUUUUCCUUUUUUUUGUAUUAUUAGUUAUUUAUUGCAAAUGAGCUGUGUAUUUCCUGUGUAUUUUAACUUAUUUUUCAUUAUCAUUGUAAACUAAAUGUUAAGGACAAUGUCAGUUGCAAACUCAACAUAGAUGCUAUAAUACAACUUUUCUGAUAGAAUUAUUGAGAAUCAUGACCUUUUCUUUGUAAAUUGAGGUAGCCAAAUUUACACUUCCUAUAUAAUGGUUAAAAAGUUCUCCAAACCAGCAACUUGGGACAAAAAUGACCGAAUACAAUCACUGAAUGUUAUAUGUUUCUUCAAAUUAUAUACAUUUCAAAAUAAUAUUAUGAAUUUCAGUGCAAAAAUACCAGUAGGUUGAUGCUAAACAUUUACAGUAUUCGUUAGAAAACUUAUGGUGUAAAACUCUACAGUUGACUUUUUUGAAAAUUCAUCUUACACAUGUACCUUGUGCUAAUUGACAGACAACGAUGAAAAAUGUGAUAUUUGUGUUUCAAAGAAUGGAAAAAUCAUUAUAUACACAUUAUACAACUACUGGACGUUUCAAAAUGUUUAUUCAUAGAGACUUCUUAACACCAUUUUGCUUUUAUAAAGCAAGUUCUGUUAUAGAAAUAUCUUCAGCUGUAGCAGACUUAUAUCCGAUAGAAUAGACAUUAGUUAUGACCCUUUUAAUGGGCUUCAUCUUAUAAUUAUUUUUGUCGCUUAUUGUGUAAUGCUAGUUUACCUUUAUUUGGCGGUAACCUUUAUCCGUUGCAGUGUAUUUUGCGGUAUCAAGUCUAUAAAUGGUGUUUUCAAAUUGCAGUAUUUUGAUAAUAUUGUAAUUUGAAACCACAGUCAUUCAACUUGAUAUUCCUAAAUACACUGUCUUAAUGAAACAACGGAUAUAGGUUGCCUAUGAAUAAAGGUAAACAUGCCUUACUACUAGAAAAUAAAUAACUUGGUUGCAACAAAAAAAAAAUCUGCACUGAGCUUUCUUGGCAUGGCCAAGUCAUCAAAUCAUGAAAACGUAUGUGGUAUUUUACAAUGUUGUACAAUCAUAGCUAUAUGUGAUUUAAAUAUUGUGGGGCUGCAAGUACUAUCAUGUAGAAAAGAAGGCAGUUAACCAGAAUUGCUCAGCUCCUCUUGGUUAAACUUUGUAAAUGUAUAUUUUGGAUCAUUCCAACUUCUUGAUUUGUGUUUGAGUCAUUAAAAAAAACUAUGUCAGAAAUAAUGAUGUAUCUAUUCUGAAAGAAAACAUUAUAACUUACGAAACCUCAAAUGUGAUUUUUAUGUCAAAAUGUGUAAUAUAAUAGGAACCAAGUACAGUUGUGACUAUGUGAUAAAUGUAUAUAAAAGUCAUGUGCUUGUUUAAAUUGUAUAUGUUGAGAAGUAUAUGUUGUUACAGAGAGAACUGAACAUGACAAAUAAUUAUGACCUCCAAACUAGCUAACGAUAGUUCACCUUUAUCCGCGUUGUAACCUAUAUUCGUUGUUCUUGAAAACGGGUUAUUUAUGGAUGUCAAGUCGUCAUUCAGUGGUUUCAAAUUGCACUUUUGUUCAGAAUAUUACUAGUUUGAAACUACCGUUUGUCGACUUGAUAGUCCUAAAUACUCUGUUUUAAGUACAUGUACAACAGAUAUAGGUUACCCCGCGGAUAAAGGUGAACUAAGAAUACACGGUAUCUGUAUAGUCAUGGGAAAAACAAAAAAAGAUAUUUUAGAUAUGUUAAUGAAGUGGUGGGAAUGAUAGUUUAGAUUUGAGUCCGAUCAAAGUCUACAGUUAAUGUGGAAAAAAUGUGUUUUAACUGUGAAGUAUGUAUGUUCGAAAAAGGAACAGAACAGAGUCACUAUAGAUGCAGAA